CCUUCCCGGUAAAACCCCCCCUUCCCUUCCCUUCCCUUCCCUUCGAGGUGUCCCUGCGGCUCCGGAGUCGGGAAUUCCCUCCCGCGUGGAUUGUGGGUUAAUCCCGGCUUAGGAAAACCGGGAGAACCGGCCGUGGGGUCGGGCAGGAGCCUCUCCCUGGGUUUAACAAUCCCUCCUUCUCCUCCUCCUCCUUCCCGCAGGAUUCCGGCCGUGCCGAGCUCAUCCCGCCGCGGCCGUCGCGGCGUUAUCCCGGAGGAGAUCCCGCCGGCCCGGGACGUGCCGAGCCGGCUCCCCGCUGAUCCCGGAGCCGCUGGAUGACCGGGAGGCGCUUCCAGAGGGCGGGAAGGCAGAAGCUCGGCGGGAUAACCCGGUGGGAUCAUUCGGGAUCGAGCUGAGGGGGUUUUUCCGGCGCCGCGCCUUCGGAUCCGCCGCCGCCGUCCCGCGCCUUCGGAUGCCCCUCGAGCCUUAAGGAGCGCCCUCCACCCUCAUCCCGGCGGGAAUUCCGGCCUCCCGCAGCACCCACAGCACCCGGGCAAGGGGGAGAUGCUUCCCAAACUCCCGCCCCUGUCUCCGGAACGCGCGGUGACCCCGCGGGGAAACCUCGGGAAACAGGGAUAGGCCACCGCCGGGAGCUGGGGGGGGAGGUGAUGCCGCUGGUGGAGAAACGUCUCCCACGGCUCCUUCCCGGCGGGAUCGGCGACGCUCUCCCCGGGCUUUGGCCAUGGCGGAGCACGCGGAGCUGCUGGCGGAGAUGCCGGCGGUGUCCCGGCUCAGCACCCCGGAGCGGCUCCAGCACGCCCAGAGGCGGCGGCAGCAGCAGCUCAAAAAGUGGGCGCAGGCGGAAAAGGAGGCGCCGGGAGCGAAGGCGGGAGCCGAGAGGAAGAGGGGCAGGAGGAGGAAGAGCAGCAGCAGCGGCGGCAGCGCCGGUGGGAGCCCCGGGAAGAGGGUGACGUUCCCGGCCAGCGUCCGCCUCCUGGAAGCGGCCGCCCGGCACGACGCCGAGGAAGUCCGGCAGUUCCUGGAGAGCGGGAUCAGCCCCGACCUGUGCAACGAGGACGGACUGACGGCCCUGCACCAGUGCUGCAUCGACGACUCCGUGCCCGUGGUGUCCGUGCUCCUGGACGCCGGCGCCGACGUGAAUUCCCGGGACACGGAGCUGUGGACGCCCCUCCACGCCGCCGCCACCUGCGGCCACCUCCGCCUGGUCCAGCUGCUCAUCCAACGCGGCGCCGACCUGCUGGCCGUGAAUUCCGACGGGAACAUGCCCUACGACCUGUGCGAGGACGAGGCCACGCUGGAUUUCCUGGAGGGCGCCAUGGCCGAGCGGGGGAUCACCCAGGAGCGCAUCGAGGAGGCUCGAGCCGCCACGGAGCGCUCCAUGAUCCGGGAAAUCCGGGAGCUGGCGCGGGCGGGCGCCGACCUGGACGCGCCGCGGGGACACGGGGCCACCUUGCUCCACGUGGCAGCGGCCAACGGGUACCUGGAAGCGGCCGAGCUGCUCCUGGAGCACCGCGCCGGCACCCACUGCCGGGACGAGGACGGGUGGCAGCCCCUCCACGCCGCGGCCUGCUGGGGACAG